CAGUUUUAAAACCACACACCGUGACUCAUAACACUGACGUCUCCAGUCUUUAUGCCCAAAAAGAUCCAGCCUUCGAAUUUUCUUGAGAAAUUUCUCAGAUCAUUACAAACUUCAAAGAUCCAAACCUCUCAAUUUUUCUCAGAUCGGUUUCACGCUGAUCCAAUAAACCCCUUCGAAUUUUCCUGAGGGAUUUAGAUAAUUUUGAUAUUUUGGAUUAUAGUUGGUGCAACAAAAUCAAGAAUGUUUACCCGAAUGUUUGGAAAACCUAAGCAAGAAACAAAUGCUCUAGCUACGCUAGACAAGUUAAAUGAGACUCUUGAGAUGCUUGAGAAAAAGGAGAAGGUUUUACUGAAGAAGUCUGCUGCCGAGGUUGAAAAAGCAAAGGAAUUUACUAGAGCGAAAAACAAACGAGCGGCAAUACAAUGUUUGAAAAGGAAAAGGCUUUAUGAGCAGCAAAUCGAGCAGCUUGGAAACUUUCAAUUGCGUAUUCAUGAUCAGAUGAUAAUGUUAGAAGGUGCAAAAGCCACAACGGAGACUGUUGAUGCUUUAAGAACUGGAGCAGCUGCAAUGAAAGCUAUUCAAAAGGCAACGAAUAUUGAUGAUGUCGACAAAACAAUGGAUGAGAUCACUGAGCAGACUGAGAAUAUGAAAACGAUUCAGGAAGCAUUGUCAACACCAAUUGGUGCAGCUGCUGAUUUUGAUGAAGAUGAAUUGGAGGCAGAACUUGAAGAACUGGAGGGGGCUGAAUUGGAGGAACAGCUCCUUCAGCCUGCUACAACUGCUCCUGUUGCGCCAAUUAAUCUACCUGCUGGCAGGCAACAAGUGCGUCCUGCUGCACAGAAGACAGAAGAAGAUGAGCUUGCUGCUUUGCAGGCUGAAAUGGCUCUUUGAACAGUUUUUGUUGCCUGCCAUGAGACUCUGUAAAGGCUUGAUGUAUUCUAAUGAUUUGGUUUUGGGGGGAGGGGGUGUUGUUUACUGGGAAAGUUUUGAAUUCUUAAGGAUGCAUGCAGGACCAGAAGUUAUUACUGUAUAAAUGACAGCAGAUGAUGAGUUUAUAUUCUACGUGAAGUUGGAAGUGGGAAAAUAGCAUGCUAGUUCUGAUGUCCUAAAAUACUUUUACAUGAAUUCGCAAGCUUGUUUAAGAUUGAAAUAUUCCUAUGCUCA